AUGUCCCCCUGUCAGCCCCCAGGGAGAACAGAGCUGGAGGAUGGAGGAGAGAGAUGUGACUAUCGUGGAUCCUCUGGGGAGCCUCAACAACAUCAUGAUGCUGACGAGUUAGAGAAGAGUCUCUCCACAUCAGAACACCUCAAGAAACACCAGCAGAGACCCACAGGAAAGAGAACUCACUGCUGCUCAGACUGUGGGAAACGUUGCAAAUAUUCAUCAGACCUUAAAAUACACCAGCGAGUACACACAGGAGAGAAGUCUUACAGCUGUAAUCAAUGUGGGAAGAGUUUUACUCAUUCAACCAACCUGAUAUCACACCAGAGGACACACACAGGAGAUAAACCUUUUAGUUGUAAUCAAUGUGGGAAGAGUUUUAUUACAUCUAGAGAUCUGACUGUACACCAGAGAACACACACAGGAGAGAAACCAUAUAGCUGUGAUCAAUGUGGGAAGAGUUUUAUUACAUCUAGUCAUCUGACUAGGCACCAGCGAGUACACACAGGAGAGAAACCAUUCCACUGUUCAGAUUGUGGAAAAAGGUUCUCAACUUCACAGAUUUUGAAGAUGCACCAGAAAACACACACAGGAGAGAAAUCGUAUAGCUGUGAUCAAUGUGGGAAGAGUUUUACUCAGUCAAGCUCCCUGAAAUCUCACUGUAAACUACACACAGGAGAGAAACCUUUUAUCUGUGAUGAAUGUGGGAAGAGAUUUAUUAAUUCUAGCAAUCUGACAGUACACAAGAGAAAACACACAGGAGAGAAACCAUUUAGUUGUAAUCAAUGUGGGAAAAGUUUUAUUACAUCUAGCUAUCUGAAUAUACACCAGCGGAGACACACAGGAGAGAAAUUUCACCACUGUUCAGAUUGUGGAAAAAGCUUUUCAACAUCACAUACUUUGAAGAUGCACCAGAAAACACACACAGGAGAGAAAUCUUAUAGCUGUGAUCAAUGUGGGAAGAGUUUUACUCAGUCAAGCUCCCUGAGAUCCCACCAUAAACUACACACAGGAGAGAAACCUUAUAGCUGUGAUCAAUGUGGGAAGAGUUUUACUACAUCUAGCUAUCUGACUAUACACCAGCAGAGACACACAGGAGAGAAACCUUAUAGUUGUGUUCAAUGUGGGAAGAGAUACUCUGAUAAAAGUUACCUGAUCAAACAU